AUGACAGCCGCUUUGAGAGGUGACGAAACUUCAUCCCGCCUUAUCCCUGAACAUAAGACAGGAGUCAAAUUGACAAAUAUAACCUUCGCACAGCUGAAUGCAAAAUACAGAAAUGGCAUCGAUGGGCACUACACACCGCAGGGCUGUGCUGGAAGAGACAAGACGGCCAUUAUCAUUCCAUUCCGUGAUCGACAUCAGAACCUCACCGUCCUCAUCAACAACCUUAUUCCGAUCCUAAAAUACCGGAACAAGGAUUUCACCAUCUUUGUCAUCGAACAAGAUCUUGAUACAACGUUUAACAAGGCAAUUCUGAUGAACGCUGGUUUUAUGGAAGCAAUGAAACAAGAUUACUUUACGUGCUUUAUCUUUCACGACGUUGACUAUAUUCCUGAAACUCAAAACGUUCCGUACGAAUGCCUCCUCAACCGCUCCUACCAUCUCGCAGCAGCCGUGUCCGCCUUCAACUAUACCGACCGCCUGAAAUUUGCAGGAGGAGUAAUGACCAUGGCACCACAUCUUUUCCAAGCUAUCAACGGCUAUUCCAACUUAUAUUUUGGAUGGGGAUUUGAAGAUAACGACAUGUAUAGAAGGCAGCGUCUUUACUGGAAAGGCAUAGAGCGGGCUGGAUACGAUGGUCUCAACAGUCUGAAAUACACCGUUGUCAAAACGACAACCAUGCCAAUAUGUACGUGGAAACGAAUAUCAUUUAACGCCAGUUACUACGUGUAA